CGCGGAAGUGGGGGAAACGCCAUUAAGAUGGCGUCUCGUUUAUUUUGUGUUUAUUUUUGAUGGUGUUUUAAAGUUUUAGUAAAAUGAGUGUGUGGGAAACAGUUCCUGACGAGCUCAGCUACGGCAUAGCAAUAUACAAUUUCGCCGCCGACAGCGACUUCAAACUAGAACUGACCGUCGGGGAUUCCCUCCAUAUACUCGACCAAGAAGAAAACUGGUACUACGGCUACCUGAUUCACGACAGACACAAACGAGGCAUUUUCCCCAAGAGUUACGUUCACAUUAAACCAUGCAGUGUUGACCGCACCGGACCUACCCUAACGUUCAAUUUCAAAGAGCCAACAAUCGUGCAAGAGAUAACGUCGGUGUUGCGAGAAUGGGCCCCGCAUUGGAAAAACCUCUACGUAAAGAAUAGCAAACAUUUCGAAGCCAUCAAAAAUCAGAUUUACGAUCUGAUAACGCACAGGAGCAAAAUCAUCAGCGGUACUUUACCGGUCGACGAAUUGAAACGGAUAACGAAACAAGUCACUGAGGAGAUCGAUAAGGGGAAUAAAACUUUACGUUUAGAUUUAAUUGUGAGAAACAAAAACGGAAAUGUCAUCGAACCGGAAAAGACCAGCACGCUGCAAAUGUACUAUCUGCAUAAAAAAGCGACGGAACGGAUGAGUAGGACCAAUAAGAACGAAACCAAACACAACCAUCCCAAAACUGCCAUUCAACAAUACUCCAAUAUUUUUAUAGUUGCCGUUAAAAAUUUCACCUGUAAGAUGAAUGAGGAUGCCGAGCUUUUAAUGUCGCUUUACGACGGAAAAGAGUACAAAUCUAUCACAGAAAAUUAUGUCGUCCGGUGGUCUAAAGAUGGACUGAUGUGCGACUUGGACCAGAUGUACAAUUUGAGAGUUAUGUUUACGGAUCUCGGGAAACGCGAUUUAGAGCGGGAAAAAAUUUACUUGGUUUGCUACGUGGUCCGCGUGGGUGCGAUGGAAUCAAAGGAGCCCGACCAUCGCCGGAGUUCCGUUUCAGUAGUGAACAAAAAAGGCACAACCGACGGAAUCCGUCGACCUUUCGGUGUCGCAGCGAUGGAAAUCACUCAUUUCAUGAACGGGUCGCGAGAGAGCGACUUGGAACAAGAAUUUCCCGUUCCUUUUUUCAACUGCGAUAAGGACAAUCUCGAGCAAACUUUAAAGAAGAUAAUUAACAAAGACUUCGCCAAAACGGAGCAUAAAAAUCACGCUCUUUUCGUCGGAAUGAAGUUACUGCGGGGCGAUUUAAAGCAGGUGCGGGAGGAGAACCCCCAUCUGGUGCUGGGAAAUUUGUCGAUCGCCCGAAAAAUGGGCUUCCCGGAAGUUAUUUUACCGGGAGACGUCCGGAACGAUCUUUAUUUGACUUUGAUUAAAGGAGAGUUCAGCAAAGGGAGCAAAACUUGCGAUAAAAACGUCGAAGUUGUCGUCAGAGUUUGCAACGAAGAGGGAGUCCCGAUCCCUGGGGUUAUCGCGUUGGGUUCGGGGGUUCCGCCCAUUGACGAAUACAAAUCCAUGAUUUAUUAUCACGAGGAUAAACCGCACUGGUAUGAAACUUUCAAAGUCGCGAUUCCUAUUGAAGAAUUCAAGACGAGUCAUUUGAAAUUCACUUUCAAACACCGGUCUUCCAAUGAGGCGAAAGACAAAAACGAGAAGCCGUUCGCCAUGUCCUAUGUGCGCCUCAUGCAGGAGAAUGGCACGACUCUCAAAGACGCGCGCCAUAAUUUGAUUGUCUACAAAAUCGAUUACAAAAAAUUCGAUGAAAAAGGCCUGGAUUACUUCAAAUUACCCUCGAUUGUUAGCGACGUCAAGGACAAUGCCAAGCCAUCAGUCGCCGGACUGACGAUGUCCAAGGACAUUUUCGUGAUGUCGAGCAAUAUUUGCUCGACGAAACUGACACAGAAUGUGGAUUUGUUGGGUCUUUUGAACUGGAAAACGCACAAGGAUGACUUAAAAUCGUGUCUUCGAGCCUUGAUCAAAGUAGACGGCGAAGAAGUCGUCAAAUUGUUGCAGGAUACUUUAGAUUCGCUUUUUAACAUUUUGAUAGAGUUUACCGAAACCGAUACGUACGAUAUUUACGUUUUUGACUGUUUGUUGCACAUAAUUAGUCUAGUCAGUAACGACUGGAAGUACCAGCACUUCGAGCCGGUCCUGGAUUUGUACAUUAAGGAGAAUUUCAGUGCGACUUUGGCCCAUAAGAAAUUGAUCAGCGUCCUCAAGAACAUAAUCGGGCGCGCCAACAGCAAAACGCCCGAUAGCAAAGACGAUCUCAUUUUUAAAACAAUGAAGUCGCUCCAAUACGUGAUGAGAUUCGUCUCGAAAUCGCGCAUUUUGAUGAAAGUGGUCGACGAUGUCGAGGACGAUUUCGAGGAAAGUCUCCGCGAUUUGCUGCAAGACAUCACCGACAUGAUGGCCCUCACAUCGGACGGGAUCUUGCGGGAGCAAGGCGCCUGCCUUAAGUACCUCCCCAGCACGAUUCCCGACAUCCUGAUGAUUUUUGAUGCGAAAGAGCUGAGCGUGAUUCUGUGCAAUAUCAUCACGAACAUCCCUCCCGGCCGUCUCACGAAGCAAAAAAUGAUGACAAUCAACGAAAUCGUCCACAGUAAACUGUUUCUCUACACGGAAUGUCGCAGGAUAAUGCUGCCGAUCUUCACCAAGCAAGUCAAGACCCUGUUCGAGCUGCACGAGGAGGGUGACAGAAGACUUGACGGAAGGCGACAGAAUCGCUCGGUGGCUAAGGUGGCACAACUUUUGGGAACGACGCAACAUUGCCUCAACCAACACAGAGGAUAUUCUGAAGAGGUCGAGUUGUGUAUAAAAAUCCUGAGCGAUAUUUUGGAGCUGCUGUUCCGUAAGGACAUCGGACCCACGUAUGACGACAUCAAUGAGAUUAUAACCACGGUUUUGCGGACUUUGAUUCACACUCGAGUUGGCAUGCCUAAGGAGGAUCCUCAAUUGGGGAACUUGGUCGCGCUAAUGAUCGAUAUUUUCCGGCAAAUGUCGGAGCGCCACUAUGAGGCCUACAUCGAGCGCUUCAACACGCGUUUCGACGUUUUAGAUUUUUUGAUGGAGAUUUUGUUGUUUUUCCAAAAUUUGGUCGACGAUAAGGUCUUUCCGUACGACUGGUGCGACAUGAUAAUGCUCCAAAACAGCGUUAUUUUGAAAGCUUUGCGGUUUUUCUCUCAUACGAUUCGUGACCGUUUCUUCGAAAGAUUCGAACAUCAAGCCUGGAACAACUUCUUUCACUGUGCUAUCGCUUUCAUGACCCAGCCGGCUCUCCAACUCGAAACUUUCUCGUUCAGUAAACGGAUGAAAAUCAUCCGAAUCUAUAAAGAUAUGCGGCGCGAGACCGGCUUCGAAAUCAGGUCAAUGUGGUUCAAUUUGGGACAGUAUAAAGUACAGUUCGUUCCGAGUUUGGUUGGGGCGAUUCUAGAAAUGACACUCAUACCGGAACCGGAAUUGCGUAAAGCAACGAUUCCGAUUUUCUUCGAUAUGAUGCAGUGCGAGUUUUACUCGUCGAGGUUCGAACUCGAGAGCUAUGGCGAUACGAAACGAGAUUCGUCGCAUAUCAAGGGGAAUUUUAACGAUUUCGAGAAUGAAAUGAUCGCGAAAUUGGAUAUUCUAGUCGAGGGAGGGAAAGGAGAUGAGAAUUACAAAGAUUUGUUUCAUGAUAUUAUGAUGGAGCAUUGCAGCCAACAUGCCACGAUGAACGAAACGGGGAUUAAGUUUGUUAAAACUGUAACGCGGUUGAUGGAACGCUUGCUCGAAUACCGGUGUAUUAUUACCGAUGAGAACAAGGAAAAUCGCAUGAGUUGCACUGUGAGCCUUUUGGACUUUUAUGCCGAAAUCAACCGAAAAGAAAUGUAUAUUCGUUAUUUGAAUAAACUGUACGACCUCCAUUUGGAGUGUGACAAUUACACCGAAGCCGCCUACACUAUCGACUUGCACGCGAAACUUUUAAAUUGGACCGACGAGGAUUUACCCCAACUUUUGAAAACUAAUCGACACCCUAAAGCUCACACGCACCGCCAACUCAAGGAAGCUCUCUAUUAUAACAUUAUCGAGAAUUACGACAGGGGCAAAUUAUGGGAGUGUGCGAUCAAAAAGUGCCAAGAACUGGCCUCGCAAUUCGAGAGCGAAACGUACGAUUACCACCGACUGAGCCAGUUGCACAAAAGAAUGUCGACCUUUUACGAUGACAUUAUGAAAAAAGGUCGCGCAAAACCGGAGUACUUCCGUGUCGGGUAUUUCGGCAAGGGCUUCCCCCAAUUUCUGCAAAAUAAAGUGUUUGUAUAUCGGGGGAAGGAAUACGAACGACUUACCGAAUUCAAUACGAGAAUAUUGAACGAGUUCCCGAAAGCGGAACUUUUGAAUAAAUUGACGCCGCCGGGGGAGGAUAUCACCGAAUCGGAUAAACAAUACGUACAAAUAAAUAAAGUUGAUCCGGUCAUGGACGAGAAAAAGCACCGGUUUUCCGGCAAACCCGUCUCCGAACAAAUUCUCAAUUACUACAAAGUGAACGACAUACAGAAAUUUACGUUUUCGCGCCCGUUUAUCCGCAAGGACCCGUACAUUGACGACAAGAACGAGUUCGGUCACUUGUGGCUAGAGCGGACCGAACUGACAACGACGUACCCUUUGCCCGGGAUUUUGCGCUGGUUCCCUGUGAGCUCAUCAACGGUCCAUGAGAUAUCUCCUCUGCGGAACGCCAUCGAAACGAUGGAAAAAGCCAACAAAACGUUGAAGAACUACGUGGUUUUGUUCAACAACGAUAAGGACAUGCAGAUUAAUCCGUUGAGCUUGACUCUGAACGGCAUCCUGGACGCCGCCGUCAUGGGAGGCAUAAAAAAUUACGAAGAGGCGUUCUUUACGGAAAAAUACGAGACGCAUCAUCAGGAAGAUGAUGUGCUGUUGCAAAGACUGAAGGAUCUGAUCGCUGAUCAGAUACCGCUGCUGGAGUUGUGCGUCAGAAUACACAAGGAAAAUGCCCCUGAAAACUUGCAGCCCCUGCAGAAGCGGUUCGAGGACUGUUUUGCGAAAAUGCAAGAGAGUGUCGAGGAGAAGUACGGAAAGGGGACCUGUGAUAUUAAGUUAGAUAGUCAAGUAACGAUGAGGAGGCACCACUUUGUUCUUCCUGACCCGCGCUUGUCCGACAUGUCGAUGCUUUCAGAUAGCGUGGAUAGUCGCAGCCGAGUUUCGAGUUUGACGAAAUCGCAAGUCGCUUCAUUAAAACAGUUUACUUCUAGUUUUAAUUUUGCAACGUCGCCGAGUAUCAGCAGCAAAUCUAGCAUCAGUAGCAACACCAAAAGUUUAUUAGUGUCCCCAUCGAAAAGUCUAACAACAACUCCGGCCUUAAAUCACAAAAAGUCGUUCAAAAUCACCCGAGAAAAACGCCGUUCGAGUAAGUCUGAUCACACGCCGAGUCCGUCCCUACUUCCGGCCACUCAGUGGUACACCACUGACGAAAAUACAAACGGAUCACCUAUAUUUGAACUCACUGAAGAGUUGACCCCAAAACGGCCCUUGCGCUCCGAAGUCGAGAAGGAGAAACGCUUGAGCCGGCCCCCAAGUGGUCAGUUUUCUUCCAGGUCUAGCAGUAUUUCAGUGACGUUAAGAGGAACCGGAAGUUCGAGUAGCAGUAACCGGGAUUCGGUUGGUACGACUGACUCAAGUGUGAGUGAGGAAGACGCGGUACCGCCCCCUUUACCGUUAAAAACGAGAGAAGUCGAUUACUGUAAUUUGCCGAAUAGCGAAAACACCAGUUUUCUUUAUUCACAACGUAAUUCAGUCAGGACUAGUUUGAAAAUUCAGGUUCAGGCGGCUGAUCCGAUAAGUUUUGAUGACGUACCGCCCACGCCGCCGCCAAAACCGCCCAAAAACAAAAGCAUAUCCAAUUUAUGAACUGUAAGCGUAAAGUGACCAAGUUACCACAAGUGCCAUGGAUGUAUUUUUAACUGUAUUAUAACGCAUAUCUAGUUUUAAUCAUGUAUAAAUUAUUUAUAUUAUUAACCAAAGAUCGUAUUUUUUUAUUGUGAAGGCAAUAAACUUUUUUACGUAUGUUUA